CAUCCAACGCAACGCGUGCUCUCCUUAAACCUACACCGCUUCGCACCGCAACAACGAACUUCCCCCAUUAUAUAAAAACCUUUACACUCUUUGCUUUUCAUUUUGCUCAGUUUUCCCUCUCCUUUCAAAAACCAAAAUCAAUUUUGUCUGUUUGUCCUCCAAAGAAAUGUCUACUUUCGGUGCUGCCGCUGCUAAUCAUAACCCUAAUAAAUCAUUUGAGGUUUUGCAACCGCCCAGUGAUUCUGUUUCAAGCCUUAGUUUCAGUCCCAAGGCCAAUAUCUUGGUUGCCACUUCAUGGGAUAAUCAGGUGAGAUGUUGGGAAAUAUCACGGAAUGGUACAGCUGUUGCUAGUACGCCAAAGGCAUCAAUUACUCAUGAUCAACCGGUUUUGUGCUCAACUUGGAAGGAUGAUGGAACAACAGUUUUUUCUGGAGGCUGUGACAAGCAGGUUAAGAUGUGGCCUUUACUGUCUGGUGGUCAACCAAUGACAGUUGCCAUGCAUGAUGCCCCUAUUAAAGAGGUUGCCUGGAUCCCAGAAAUGAACUUGUUAGUCACAGGCAGCUGGGACAAGACAUUAAAGUAUUGGGAUACAAGGCAGCCAAAUCCAGUGCAUACUCAACAACUUCCUGAUCGCUGCUAUGCACUCACAGUAAAAUAUCCAUUGAUGGUUGUGGGCACUGCUGAUAGAAAUCUAAUAGUUUUUAACUUGCAGAAUCCUCAGACUGAAUACAAGAGAGUUGUCUCACCCUUGAAGUAUCAGACAAGAUGUGUUGCUGCCUUCCCUGACCAGCAAGGUUUCUUGGUUGGUUCAAUUGAGGGAAGGGUUGGCGUACACCACCUUGAUGAUGGACAACAGAAUAAAAACUUUACCUUCAAAUGCCACAGGGAUGGCAGUGAGAUAUAUUCAGUCAACUCGUUAAACUUCCAUCCUAUACAUCACACUUUUGCCACUGCAGGGUCUGAUGGUGCUUUUAAUUUUUGGGACAAGGAUAGCAAACAGAGACUAAAGGCCAUGUCAAGGUGUAGUCAACCCAUACCUUGUAGUACUUUCAACAAUGAUGGGUCAAUAUUUGCAUACUCGGUUUGUUAUGACUGGAGUAAGGGUGCUGAAAAUCACAACCCAUCAACAGCAAAGACCUACAUUUUCCUGCACUUGCCUCAGGAAUCUGAAGUUAAAGGCAAGCCACGAGUUGGAACAAGUGGUAGAAAGUGAAGGUUGCUUUUGGUUAGAAAAUGAUUGAAACUAGAGGAAAGGAUUUGUCAUUUUCUUUUUCUGGUUCCUAGAUGGCCAUUGCUUAUCCCCGUAUGAAACUAGGAUAAGAAUGAGUUGUGUGUACAUUAGGAACAUUUCCCCAUGGGUUAUUUAUCUCCUUCGGUUGGAUGUUCAAUGGUUUAGGGUUUAGAAUCUAUAGAGUUGCCGCUCCCUCGCUGGUUGUUCGAACAUCCUGUCAUUCCUUCUCCCAUUAUAGCAACUGGGAUAUGAAUUGAGUUACCUGUCUAACUAGAAUGCUGCCCCUUGGGUAAUUUGUGAUCAAUGUUUGGGCUGAAGAGUCCAUAAGAGUGGUUGCUCCAUUGUUGGCUGUUUGAAAAGCUUACUUUUAUGAGGGUUGACAAAUUUUCCAAGUUUUUUAGGUCUCUCAUUUAAAAACAUUAUAACUUGGCGAUGAAUGAUCUAUUCUUUUCUCCUUUUGAAGCAAUUUUUGCAGCACGUAAA